AUGGCCACCAGGCGACGAAUCGGCGUGGCUGCGAUCCAAAAACGGCAAGAAACCGCCAAUAAGGUUGGAAACUUAUUCUUACCCAAAAAUGUCCGUUUUUCAAAAAUUAAAGUGAUUUGCAGUUUGCCGCGAAAGGAGAUCAAUUGGCCGGCGAGCAACUGGCUCAAUUCUCGCAACAAUUGGACCAAUUAUCCGCUGGGUGCGUGUAAUUUUUUGAAUCCAGAAUUAUUUUGAAAAAUGCAAUUUUCAGACUCGAAAUGUUCGCUCAACGCCAUCGCGACGAAAUCAAGAAGAACUCGCAAUUUCGGCGAUACUUCCAGGAAAUGUGCGCCAGCGUGGGCGUUGAUCCGUUGGCUUGUACGCGGAUUUUUCCAAAAUUAUGGGGAACUAUCUGAAAUUCUCUAUUUUUAGCGAGCAAAGGAUUCUGGGCGAAAGCACUCGGUUUCGGCGACUUUUACUACGAGCUGGGCAUUCAAAUCGUCGAGGUUUGUACUUUUUUUGAGAACAAAUUCCGCAAGCAUCAUCCAAAAUACCAUUUUUUGCAGAUUUGCCUCUCGACGACCCAUAUUAACGGCGGAAUAAUGACUGUGGAGGAGAUCCGCAACCGGCUGAUGCGGACGCGUUCUCGCACUCGCAAAGAUACCAUUUCCACGUUAGUUUUUGAAACGUUUUGUGAUUUUCAUCGACUUUCCUGAGGCUUUCUCCACAAAUUUACCCAAAUGAUUGCAGAGAUGACAUUCUGCGCGCGGUGGACAAGCUUAAAGUGCUCGGGAACGGAUUCGAGCUGGUCCCGCUAGGCGGAGGCCGGUUCCUCGUCCAAUCGGUUCCCGGAGAGCUGAGUAUGGAUCAUUCGCGAGUGCUCCAGUUGGCGGAGGACGCCGCCUACGUCACCAAAGAGCUCAUUAUGGACAAAUUGAGGUAG